CGACCAUUCUCAAGAAGGUAUCGGCGGGAUGGUGGACCCCCCACCCGAGGAGAUGCAUGAAUUGCAUCGCAUCUACACCCCUUCCGGCUCCAGCUCGUCUGCCUCCUCCAUGUCCUCCUCCAUGUCCUCCUCCGACCUGAACUCCAACGACAUCAACAUGAACGACAAGAUCCAGCAUGACAACAUGAACAAGCACGACGACAGCUUGGACCCGCCGCCAAGUUACAGCCCGUACCCCCCACCCCCUCAGACCAAUUCUUCUCCUCCCUCUCCCUCUCCUCCUUCGAGUAGCAGUUCUCCUUCUCCUCCUCCUCCUCCUCCUCCCCUGACUAGUCCCCCUCCCUCAACCAAUCCAUCUUCUUCUUCUUCUUCUUCUUCUUCUUCUUCUUCUCCUCCUCCUCCUCCUCCUGCAUCAGCAGCAGCGCCAGCUACUGCUGCUAGUGGUAGUGGUAAUGGUAAUAACCACCCCGAGCCCGAGCAUCGUCCUGCUCCCCAGUCAUCUUCUUUCUCUCGGCAGAACUUGGCCACCACCCUCUUCGGCUUUCUUCUUCUCCUGGUAUUUGGAUACCUCCUCAUUGCGUAUGUGGUGAUUCCGGGGUGGAAGGAGGUGGUAGGGAAAGGGAAGGGGGGGAUCGAGGAGGCCAAGAUGAGGGGUGCACAUGGUGCACAUGGCUCGAGUGAGGCACAACCCCAAUUCGACAUGGACCAAAAUAGUAGCACCGUACAAGUUCUUCCAAUGGAACUUCGUUCUCUCAAAUCAGCAGCAGCAGACGAUAAAAACAACAACGAUAACGAACUGAACGGGCGCGGCAUGACCCCCACUCAGACAGACAAAACCUACCAUGUCUCCAACAGACAUGUAGUCCCGCAGUUGGCGGGCACCGCAGUCCCCAAGGGAAUCAGUGCCGAGGAACUAGUCAGUUACAAGCCGGAAGAUUGGAUGCAGGCUGCUAGCGGGUUUGCGGUUCAAGAUCACCAGGAUACAACUUCCUCUUCUAACGAUGACGGAGCAGCAGCAGCCCUGAGAAGAAGAAGUCUUCAAGCGGGUGGUGUUGCUCGUUUGCGUCGUCGUCGUCAUCGUGGUGUCCCCGAACAGCCAGCUGAUGAUGAACCAAAGUUGAAGCAACAAUUAUUCCAGCUUGGAUCAGGGGGUUGGUUGACUUUGACGCCUACUGGCACUGCUGCUGCUUCCCUUCCUACUGGUACUUUGUCUGCGUCCGAUCACCAGCAUCACGGUCUCGAUAGCGGACUCAAGAAAGAAGAGAAAGAAGAAGAGGUGCCUCCGCGUGAAGAAAUGGUGGAGGUAACCAAAACCAGGGGCAGAAGAACCAUCCACCCUAAAAUCCCGGUGCCAAUCUCCGCUUUGCAUCCGUCUGCCUCUACUGCUGCUGCUGUGGACAAUGUUUCCACGGACGAUGGAAGGCUGGGGCUGUUAACGACUUGGCAUGAUCAUUUGCCUGUUGUUCCACCUUCCUUAACACCGGCAACAGCAACAGCAAAGCCUGAAUUGUCAUCGUUGUCGUCGGACCAGCAGAAGAAUGAGAAACACCCCCACCGCUCCGACCUGGAAGCAGCUCAUCAAGAAAAGCCACCCAUGGAUGAUCGGUUUGGGAGGAUGCAGCAGGACAACAACAACAACGGUAACGCGUAUGAUAAAAGGGGUGAGUCCUGGACGAAGCCGAGGAUCCCUGUACCUGUCAGUAGAGGUACCAAGGAGGGGGCGGCUGCGGCGGGGGCGGUUGAGUCUACUCCCACUCAAACUGCUGCUGCCACUCCUACUGCUACUGCCAGCAGGGAGCCGACCUCUAAGAAGAGUUCAGGGGCGGUUACGAACUUGGAAAAGGGAGAGAAGUAUGGGACAGGAGCGGAGGGGGGGUUGCACGCAGAUAACUCGAAAAUGAUGCAGAAGGGGGGCCAAGGUGUGCCUCUUGCGGAUGGGAGGACCUACUACCCCCCUUACAAUAACAACAACGUCGACAGCGCCAACCAUUACAACAAUAACAACAACAACAACAACUUUGCUCGCCGUCGUGAUCGCGACCAGCAGUACCACGGUUGGCCUACACUCACACCACCACCACCAGGGGCACAAGGGAAAAGUAGCGCCAGCAGUAGCCGCGCAGCAGGCGGCGGCGGCGAGUGGGUGGUGGGAAAUACACCACGAAGUGGAGGCAUCCACACUCUCGGAGGUCCGGGCCGUUAUUCUGCAGCUACCGCUGCUGCUGCUACUCGUCGUCCAGCGGUGACGGCGGCGGCACCUGCUGUUGCUAACGCUGGUACAGUAAACAAGAACACACCUAGACACGCCGCCGCCGCUUCGUCGGCCUCUGCUGCCUCUGCUUCUGCCUCUGGUACUGCCAUUUCUUCCACCACUGCGGCUUUCUCGCAGCAGCAGCGCGGUGCUGGCCGUCUUGAGUACUGGCAAUAUGAAAAGAGCGAGAAGGAGGAGGAGGAGGAUGAGGGGGACAGUAGCACCAUUAGAGCCACUGUUGCUGCUACUACUACUAAUAACAUCAAGGGUAAAGGUAAAGGAAAGGGCCACCAUGGACAUGGAAGUUUCCACGCGCGCCGCUCCUCGCGACCUGCUGCACCUGUCACAGGCGUCACUCAUCGUCAUCAUCAUUCGUGGGCAAACAACAACGGCGAUGACGAGGUUAUUGAGUACGGCGGCAGCAGCAGCAGCAGCAACGCACUCAUGAAACUCCCUCGCUCGGGUGUUGUGGAGACGGGCGGUCUGAGCACCACCACUGAAGAAGAAACCGAAGGCUCCAACGCCGCCGACGGGUCUUUGGAGGAGGAGGAGUCCGAGGAUCAAUCUCAUCGCUUGUCGUCCGAGUCACCUGAGGAAGUUGAGGAGGUUCAUCACCAACGCGGUGGUGACCACAAGGCUUUGAUUUCUUUGCAUUAUCCGAAUCAAAAGGUCAAGGAGUGGUGGAAUCACUUGAUUCGGGGACGGAUUGGGGGCGGUGGUAUUGAUCAUCAUCAUAAUCGAAAGGGGCUGAAAGGGGGGGAGAAGGGGAUCAAAAUGGUGAAGGAGACUGACACGACGGACACGGCGACGGUGGGUUGUGACGAGAAGAAGAAGAAGAAGAAGGGGAUGAAGUGUGGUCUGGAGAUUGUCGUCUCCAAGACGUCUGCGAACGGCAGUUCCGUGACGGCCACUGCUUCAUUGACAGUCAAGGCCUCGCCGAAGUGGUGGACUCCUCAUCCCCAUUUGAAGACCACGAGCGUCGCCUCUGCUGCGUCUGCCUCCGCUGCCUCCGGUGCCUCUAUCCUCUCCGCCACUCCCACUCCUGCCACCCCCUCUUUCUCUCCCAGCCCAACAACUCCCACUGCCACUCCCACCCUCAUUGCUGCUCCUCCCGCCGGCGCCGUCGCCAACACCAAGUUGCCCGGCACCACCCUCAUUUCUUCCUCCCUCCCCCCCGAAAACAGUAAUGUCCCAGGGACGCCCACCACCCUUCGCAAUCCCAACCCCAACCCCAACCCCCCAAAACCCCAAUUCCCCCAAGAAAAAAGCCGCCGCGCCGUCCCACCCGACUACAACGACCCCCACCGUGGAACCAUCGUCGUCCCAGGCAUUUUGGAAAUCCACCUCACGCCCGAAGAAGCCAAGCCGGAGAUUAUGAACGCCAAGUACGACUACUGGGAGUUUAUCAUGCCGCCCGAUGUGUACUAUGUCUCGGACCAGGACUCGCCUUUUAAUCCGUACGGGCAGGCCGAGAGGAGGAGACGUAACCUGCUGCUGGAGGAAACUGGUAGAGGUACCUUGACCUCGACCGUGGAAGAGAACAAAAGAGCGGAGGACGACGCAGGGAGAGAAGGAAGGGAGGAAAGGGAACAUGGAAGAGAACACGAAAGGGAGAAAAGAGGAGGAGGAGAAGAAGAAGAAGAAGAAGAAGAAGAAGAAGUAGGGGCAGGGGCAGGGAAAAAACAUGAAAGGAGAGCAGCGGCACAAGCGCAAUGA